UUCCGCCGAUCGGGGGCUCCACGGGAGUCAGUGAGGAGAGAGUUCUUUCCGGAAGGACCUGAAGGCUUUUCCAGACGCCUCCGGUCCCUCCUCGUCGCUCCCGCCCGGUACUGAGGUCCCCCGUCCUCCCUGCGAGUGGUGCGGCCCGAGAGCGCUCCGAACAAAGCCUUCCGGCGGGGAGAGGCACCGCGGCGUGCCUGGGCCGGGCUGCGGGGAGGGCGCUGGGGCCAUGGCUCUGCCGGGUGCAAAUAAGGAUAACAUCAGAGCAGGAUGCAAGAAAUGUGGCUACCCUGGUCAUCUGACAUUUGAAUGCCGAAACUUUCUCCGAGUGGAUCCUCAAAGAGAUAUUGUUUUAGAUGUUAGCAGCACAAGCAGUGAAGACAGUGAGGAAGAAGAGUUACAGAGACUGCAAGCCAUGCGUGAAAAAAAAAAUUUAAAUGAGGAGGAAGAAAAAAAGAAACAAAAAAGAAAAAGUAAGGAAAAAAGAAAACUAAAGAGACCAAGGAAAAGAUCUUCCUCAUCAAGUGCUGCUGAAGAGACUGGACCAAAGUCGAAAAAACAAAAAUCACAUAAAAAAGAAAGGAAAAAGGAAAAGAAGAAUAAAUCUAAGAAAGGCAAACACCAUAAAAAGGAAAAGAAGAGACGAAAGGAGAAGAGUUCAUCUUCGGAUAGUUCAGACAGUUCUAGUAGUGACUAAGCUGCUGGCCUAUUUUUGGUCUCAUUUCUGCAGAGAAUAGGAUGAUUUUCCUUUCAGAUCUUGCCUAUUUAUGCUUUGCAAUGAUGUUUAUAUUGAUAUAUUUUUUUUUGUGGAAAUCUAUUUGCAAAUACCAGUGCUUCGAAUUAUUAAAUGGACCAUUUGGAAACUUCAAUGGCAAGUCUCUGUGUCAAAAUAUUAGGACUUACUAUGCUUAAUGUUGGAAUGGUUAAAUCAAAUUUGGAAACUUAAA